AUGUCGCUGGACGUCCCACACUCCUCUCCGCUCAAUGCCUCUCUUCCCCUUCUCAAUCUUCCUGCUCCAAGCCAGCUGAUGUCGCGGUUCCCGCCUGUUGCUCCGGCUAUAGUAACAGGGACUUGUUUGGACACAAAGAUGUUUGGAGAUAUAUCCAAAACAGUUGUGAAGCGCCUGGGUGCUGAGAAGGAUCUCAACUACAAUGGAAAUGUCAACCAGAAGUUUGAGAUGCUGACUUUAGUGCGAGUCAGAAGGAACUUCUUUGGUAUCACCAAGUACGGGAUCAUCAAUAAAACACUGCCCGACCUGCUAGAGGGGCCGGACUUUACCCCAGGUGUCACAGACGAGGUUCUGGUGGAGAAUUUUAAGAUCCAGAGAGACACAAGUGGUGAAGGCUCUGUAGAAGUAGGAGCUGAUGUACCUCAAAUAGAAAUGAAAGUAAAUGCAUCGAUGGACACUGUGGACGGAGUGUCCUCCUUCACUCUGAAGAAAAAGACAGUGGACACCAAGCAGUUGGAAAGACUGGUAGACAAGCCGAUAAAGAUGAAGUUGGUGGACAGGCUGAGACUAAAGAAGAAAGAGAAGCUGACUUGUGUUUACCAGACGGUCUACAACAUCACUUCUGUCACAUUUGAUGUCAAAGCUACAAAGAGCGGUUUCCUGUCGGGAAUGUGCAAUAAAAUGUUCAAUUUGUUGCUGGAGGGCAACAGGAAGGAGGAGACGCACUUCACUGUUCCCAAAGACACCACCUUUGCUUACGGCCUGAUGGAGAUCACCACAGAGGGCGGGACUCUGGGAAUUCCUCCACGAUUCACCAACGUGACACGUUUUGGGAAAGGAUGGACGGGGAACAUCAAGUUCGACGGAGACGAGGACAGUAAGACACUGGAAGACCUGAAGGAAGAAAUAUCAGAAAAGGCAUUUCUUCUGCAACCGCUGGAAACACUUCCUGAGUCGAGCCGUCGCAAUCUGCUGAGAGCGCUCAGUGAGAUCGUGCAUGACAGAGAUGCUCUCACGCUGCUGGAGGAAACAGUAAGACUCAUGUCCACAACCACACAACCAUAG